UCUUACACAAACGACCUCUCAAAUAUCUACGGCUCGCGCACUUGAACGUGAUACUAGAAAUUCAAGUUAAAUCCGACUUCAGCGGGAAAUUGAGAGGAUGAGUCAGAUGCCUGGAGAGAAGCAGGUUUCUGCAGCAUCAGUAGUCACUGAGACUGCAGUUGAGCAUAGAAAUCCUUGGGAUUUAGCCAAAGAUAUUGAUAUUCCUUUACAAAAUAAAAUGAAUGACAAUGCAGGAGAGACUUGUUCCCCAUUUCAAAACACUAGCAAAUCCAGUGGCUCAGAACAAGAGGUCCCCACUACUGAGAUGUCUAAAGAAGAGGUUGCACAUCAUGAGACUAGUCAGCCAUACCCUGGCAUGAGCACUGAAUCUAUUUCAGAAAAAUGUAGCAAACAUUCGGAGACUGUCUCAGGGAAAGGGGACAAGCCCUCCUUUAAAAGAAUAGGGCCAAAGAUGAAAUUGCCACAUUCCCUCUUUCAGAAGGCAAGCAUGGCUGAGGCUGAAUUAUCAGACUUUAUUGAAACGUCUGAAGAAUCUGAUGUUAAUGUUUUGACUCCUCAACCUUCAGGUCUACAGGUAAAAGAGGAUGAGACACCAAAAGGUGAGCCACAGGCAGCAUCUGUCUCAUUGAAAAGGAAAGUACCCACAUUUGGAAAAAUACGUGUCAAAUCAUCAAACCGUCUUGUAAGCUCAGAUGUUCAAGGGAUAAAUACAAGUCGUGUUACUAGUAAUUUGCAUAACCCCAAAAAUGCAAAAUUAAGUGCUGUAUUUAUCCAGAAAUACAAGGCAUCUUCCAAAGAGACCCGCCUUUUCCCCACCUGUACAUGA